AUGUCAAAUCUCAAAGCGCAUUUGGAAACUGAAUAUCAAAACGGAAUGCAGAAUACUUGGUUGCUAGGAGACUCAGGGUAUCCCUUGAAACCAUAUCUUUUGACACCAUACCGGAACCCUGCAGAUAGCUCUGCAGAACAACAAUUUAAUAAGAAGCAUGUCCUAGGAAGAGAGAUCAUAGAACGAUGUAUUGGCACUUUUAAAAAUCGUUUCAGAUGCUUAAUUGGAGCUAGAUGUCUGCAUUAUACACCAGAAAAAGCAACAAAAAUAAUACAUGUGUGUGCAGCAUUACACAACAUUUGCAUUAAAUACGAUUUGUCCGAGCCUACACCACCAGAUGUAUAUCAAGAUAACGAUGAUAAUGAGCCGGAAGAUGAUCUAUUGGAAAUUUCGAAUGACGACUCGCCAUUGGGCGCAAAUCCGCAUUUGUUAAGGGACAAAAUUGCACGUUCAAUUAUGCAUUAA